CAUGGUGGCGAACAACACAGCCCCGUUACGGCGGAUUUCUCGUCACUUUUAAAAACCUUCAAAAUGUCUGAUAAAUAAAUGCUGACACUGACUCGCGACAGAAAAUACCAUCGUCGAAAAUGGACUCUUGCGGGAAUAUGCGCAUACUUUCUUCCUGUACAAAGGGGGAUUUGGAACGAGUAUAGCCAAAGAAAGGGCAGACUGCUGAAGAAUGCCUUUUCCUCCCCCGACACCGCUUAAAUAAAGGGACGAUUUCUCCAGAAACGCGCCGAGCAGAGAAACCUAAUCACCCCGUCGGCACCGAGGAGGAUCCGCUCAGCCCGACUCCAGGCAGGCGUUGGCGAGAGGAAACCGCCACAUCCUGCGGGCUCGGAGCGGCGGCGCAAAGCAACCCCGCGGCUCACCCUGUGGCCUGGGGACGGAGCUAAGCCUCGACCCAUGGGCCACUGAAGUAGUCGCGCAGUUACCUAAACACUGUGUCGUUCGCUGAAAACGGUGUAGAGAAUUGGGAGUUAAACGGUUGGAUUUAAGUUUUCACUGGUGUUGCUGUUUUCCUACACAAUGGCGUCUUACGUGGAUAACCGCUUUCGGCAGGCGGUGAUGAUGAACCCGGCGGAGAGGACGCAACAGGAUCUGGAGGUGGUGUACUCAUAUCUGCAUGGGAUGGAGGCGCUGUCUAAUCUGAGAGAGCACCAGCUCAGGAUCAUGUGUGAAACGGUCCGCUAUGAGAGACAUGAAGCCAAUGAGGUCCUUUACUAUCCUGAUGACGUGGGCAACUGCUGGUACAUCCUGCUCUCCGGUUCCGUCUUCAUCAAGGAGUCCAUGUUCCUGCCUAGGAGCAGCUUCGGUAAGCGCUCGGCCGGCAGCCUGCGUCGUGGAUGUGAGUGCAUCGUUCUGGAACCCUCCGAGAUGAUUGUGGUGGACUAUAUGGACGAGAAUGAGGAGUAUUUCCAGAGGCAGGCUUCCCAUCGCCAGUCGCGCCGCCGCUUCCGCAAGAUCAACCAGAAGGGCGAGCGGCAGACCAUCAUCGAUACCGUGGACCCCUACCCCCCCGGCAAGCCCCCGCCAGCACGCGCAUGCCACACGCUCCCUGCGGACUUCAGCAGACUGCAUCUGGCUGACGGUCUCCACCCCCAGGUGACGCACGUGAGCUCCAGCCAAUCAGGAUGUAGCAUCACCAGCGACUCUGGAAGCAGCAGCCUGUCCGACAUCUACCAGGCGACGGAGAGCGAGCCGGGCGACAUGGACCUGAGUGGCCUGCCGGAGACGGCGGUGGACUCGGAGGAAGAUGACGAUGAGGAAGAUAUCGAGCGCGCCUCCGACCCCCUGAUGAGCAGAGACAUCGUACGGGACUGCCUGGAGAAAGACCCUAUGGACCGCACCGACGAUGAUAUAGAGCAACUGCUGGAGUUCAUGCACCAGCUGCCUGCGUUCGCCAACAUGACGAUGUCGGUGCGGCGGGAGCUGUGUGCCGUCAUGGUGUUCGCCGUGGUGGAGCGCGCCGGCACCAUCGUCCUCAACGACGGAGAGGAGCUGGACUCGUGGUCGGUGAUCCUGAACGGCUCGGUGGAGGUGGUGUAUGGUGAGGGCCGGGCGGAGGGCCGGGCGGAGGGAAGGGCGGAGCUGCUCUGUAUGGGCAACAGCUUCGGCGUCUCCCCCACGCUGGACAAGGAGUUCAUGAAGGGGGUCAUGAGGACCAAGGUGGACGACUGCCAGUUUGUGUGUAUAGCACAGCAGGACUACUGCUGCAUCCUGAACCAGGUGGAGAAGAACAUGCAGAAGGUGGAGGAGGAGGGCGAGAUCGUCAUGGUGAAGGAACACCGCGAGCUGGACAGAACUGGAACCAGGAAGGGACACAUCGUCAUCAAGGGCACGACGGAGCGUCUGACGAUGCACCUGGUGGAGGAGCACUCGGUGGUGGACCCCACCUACAUCGAGGACUUCCUGCUCACCUACCGCACCUUCCUGUCCAGCCCCAUGGUGGUGGGGGACAAGCUGCUGGAGUGGUUCCAUGACCCUAGCCUCAGGGAUAAGGUUACACGGGUAGUGCUGCUGUGGGUGAAUAAUCAUUUCAAUGACUUUGAGGGUGACCCUGCCAUGACCCACUUCCUGGAGGAGUUUGAGAACAAUCUAGAAAGAGAGAAGAUGUGCGGUCACCUGCGUCUGCUGAACAUCGCGUGCGCGGCGAAGGCGAGGCUCCGGGUGGUGACGCUGACCAAGCCGUCGCGGGACACUCCGCUGGCCUUCACGCUGCGCGGCGGCUCGGAGAAAGGGUUCCGCAUCUUCAUCGACAGCGUCCAGCCCGCCAGCAGGGCCGAGGAGGCCGGCCUCAAGAGAGGAGACCAGAUUCUGGAGGUGAACGGACAGAACUUUGAGAAUGUCCUGCUGUCCAAAGCCAACGAGAUCCUACGCAACAACACACACUUGUCCAUAACUGUGAAGACCAACCUGCUCGUGUUCAAGGAGCUGCUGGCUCGGCCGGAUCAGGAGCAGGAGCAGCAGGAUGCGGAGCAGGACGAGCCGGAGCGCAAGAACGGCGCGCCGCACAUCCCCAAGAUCGGCGACAUGAAGAAGGCCAGCCGCUACUCCAUCCCUGACCUGGCCGUGGACGUGGAGCAGGUCAUGGCGCUGGACAAGGCGGGCAAGAAGGCCAAGGCCAACUCCGUGGGCGGCCGCAACAAGCUCAAGAAGAUCUUCGACAAGACGCUCACCAGCAUCCUGCCCCCCAAGCCCUACAAUGACGUGGGUGUGGGUCAGUCUCAGGACGACAGCAUCGUGGGGCUGAAGCAGUCUAAGCAGAUCCCUCCUGCGCUGCCCGUCAGUGGAACUCUCUCGUCCAGCAACCCCGACCUGCUGCAGUCCCACCACCGCAUCCUGGACUUCAACAACCAGCCAGACAUGUCGGACCAGGUGCUGCGUGUGUUUAAGGCGGACCAGCAGAGUCGCUACAUCAUGAUCAGUAAGGACACGACGGCCAAGGAGGUGGUAGCACAGGCCAUACGCGAGUUCGCCCUCACGGCCGCCGCAGAAGCCUAUUCGCUGUGCGAGGUGUCCGUCACCCCAGAGGGCGUCAUCAAGCAGCGGCGCCUCCCAGAGCAGCUCUCCAAACUGGCCGACAGGAUCCAGCUCAGCGGCAGGUACUACCUAAAGAGCAACAUGGAGACGGAGACUCUGUGUUCAGACGAGGACGCUCAGGAGCUGCUGCGUGAGGCUCAGAUCGGGCUGCUCCAGCUGAGCACAGUGGAGGUGGCCACUCAGCUGUCCAUGCGCGCCUUCACUCUCUUCUGCGCCAUCGAGCCCACCGAGUACAUCGACGACCUCUUCAAGCUCCGCCGCGCAGUCUCCACGGCGACCGCCACCACCACCGCCGCCACGGCAACCGCAACCGCGCCCGCACCCGCCCAGCCGCCCGUGUCCAGCCUCAAGCGCUUCGAGGAGGCCAUCAACCGCGAGACCUUCUGGGUGGCCAGCGAGGUGGUGCGCGAGCCCAACCAGCUCAAGCGCAUGAAGAUCGUCAAGCACUUCAUCAAGAUCGCCCUGCACUGCCGCGAGUGCAAGAACUUCAACUCCAUGUUCGCCAUCAUCAGUGGGCUGAACCUGGCCCCGGUGUCUCGUCUGCGGGGCACGUGGGAGAAGCUGCCCAGUAAGUACGAGAAGCUGUUCAGCGACCUGCAGGACCUGUUUGACCCGUCCAGGAACAUGGCCAAGUACCGCAACCUGCUCAACAGCCAGAGCCUGCAGCCGCCCAUCAUACCACUCUUCCCUGUCAUCAAGAAGGACCUCACCUUCCUGCACGAGGGUAACGACUCGAAGGUGGACGGUCUGGUGAACUUUGAGAAGCUGCGGAUGAUCGCCAAGGAGAUCCGUCACGUGGGACGCAUGGCAGCCGUCAACAUGGACCCUGCACUCAUGUUCCGCACCAGGAAGAAGAAGUGGCGCAGUCUAGGGUCUCUGAGUCAGGGCAGUGCCAGCGCGGCGGUGCUGGAUGUGGCGGUGCCCGGCGGGCACAAGAAGCGAGUGCGGCGGAGCUCCUUCCUGAACGCCAAGAAGCUGUACGAGGACGCCCAGAUGGCACGCCGCGUCAAGCAGUACCUCAGCCACCUCACACUCGACACCAACGAGGACACACUCCAGACGCUCUCCCUGCAGUGUGAGCCUAGUGUCAACACACUGCCGAAGAGCGCGGGGGAUAAGCGGCGUCCCGACACGUCUCCAGUGGUGUCCCGUGCGGCCGCACACACACACACACACGCGCGCGCCGCGCCUCUCAAGGCCGGCCAGGCCCUCAGUGUGCCCUCCGUCGCCCUGCACCCCUCACGCAAGAAGGUGCCCGUCAAGGACCUGCCCCCCUUCGGCACGAGUUCUCCGCAGUCGCUGAAGAAGAUUUUGUCUCUGUCCGAGGAGGCCAGUGAUCGCCAUAGCGACCGCCACCGGAGACCAGCCGAAGAUGCCGUGUCCAACACCUCGUCCCCUCCCACCUCCCCACACAGCUCCCCCAAGAAAGGUUACGGCCGCGCGGGGGAUAACCUGUCGGACUCGGGCCACAGUGAGAUCUCGUCUCGGUCCAGCCUGGUCAGCACGUCGUCUCUGGACAUGCAGCACGACGACCGCCGCCUACGACACGCUCCGGACACACACCUGGGGCCUCGCCUGGAGCGCAGGGCCACCACCGACCCUGACCAGUACAGCCUGGGGUCCUACUCUGCACUGUAUACGGGGGCGACGGUGCUGUCCUCUCCGAGCUCUGAGGAGCUGACGCAGGACCAGGGCGAUCGCGUCUCAUUGGACGCCGCCGACAGUGGGCGUGGCAGCUGGACUUCCUGCUCCAGCGGUUCCCAUGACAACAUCCAGACCAUGCAGCAGGGCCGCAGCUGGGAGGCCAUGGGGCUGCUCAUCGGCGGUUCCCAUGACAACAACACCAACACUCCCCCACAGGGGGCGGGGGGGCUGUGGGGGAAGGGGGCGGGGCUAAUGGGUUGCCAUGACAGCGUGGGGGCGGAGCUCUGGGCUCCAGGCUCCUCCUCCUCCUCGGCGGCGUGCUGGGGGGAGGAGCCUGAGGGGGACACGGGCACCAUUAAGCGGCGCGGCGGGAAGGAUGUGGGCGGGGACGCCGACAGCAGCAGCAUCACCUCCGUCACCUCCACCGGCUCCGACAGCCGCCGCCCCUCCCCCAUCACCGCCGGCAACGGCAACAGCAACGCCAAGGCCAACGCCAGUCGUAAGGAGGGGCGGUGUGUGUACCGUGACCCCCCUCCCACGCCACCCGGGUACACGGCCCUCACCCUGUCAGAUGGCACCACGGAGGGCAUCGCGCCCGCACACACACACACACACACCCUCACACACACACACGCCGGCCGCCGGCCGCCAGACUACACCACCGCGCUGCAGCGCUCGCGACUGGUCACACACUCGCCCGACUCCCAGCAGGCCCUCGCCGCCUCCGCCGACACACACACACGACACACACACUCCCAGGACGCAGGCGAGGAGGAGGAGGAGGAGGAAGAGGAGGACGAGGAGGACGAGCAGGUGUCUGCAGUGUGAGUGUGUCUGUGUGUGUGUGUGAGGGCAGGACACACACUGACCAAUGCCCAGUGGUGCUGCCCACCUGCCGUUUGCUGAUUGGGUGGAUUCAUCUCUCUUCUCCGCCUUAAACACGCUGUGGGCGUCGGCCUACUGUGAAGGACAGGAGGAGGAGGAGGGGCUUAGAGAAGAAACAGGAUCUCAAACACAAUGCCUGCACUUUGGAAAUAUGACAAGACUACAAAAACUAUUUCACUUAGACACACACGCACACACACACAUACAGAGAGAGCGCGGUGCGACAUUCAUGUUUGAAUAAUAAAUUUGAAGAAAAACUGCGAACGAACUUCUGUUGUCCGGACAACAGCAUUCCUGAGGCCACUCCCACUCUGGAGUCAUCAGUCAUCUGCACUUUUUAAACUGUUUUGUAUCAAACACACACACACACACACACACACUGAAAUUCCAGCUCUCCCACUGGACACUCUGCACUCUGUGAACACCAACCUUCAUCAUCAUCAUCAUCAUCAUCAUCAUCAUCAUCACUGCAGUCAUCAUAUCAGAGCCAGUUCUGUUUCAGGAGAAUGUGUUUUAAUUGGCCGCUGUUGCUACCUGACCCUCCUCCCCAUUGGAGCAGGAGGUCUGGGGGCGGGAUCCUGGUGUCCAAUCAUGCACUCA